AUGAAAGCUCAAAACCCGCAACCCAAAACCCUAAACUUCCUUCCAAAUUCACCAUCAAACAUUCCACCAAGAGCUUCAACAUCUACCCCGCAACCAUACCCUAUCAGUCAUGAUACUCAUCCCACUCUAUACCCUACCCUUCCACAAAAUCCAAUCCAAAACCCAUUAGCACACCCUCCACCACCACCACCGCUGACCACCGUUUCAAGACCGAUCCCAAUUAGACUCGCCCCAGCAAUGACCCAGCAAGGACUCAACUGGAACCCAGUCCCCCCAAAACAAAACACUGCUGCUACAUUCUCGGCGAAUUCCAAGGAACGUACACAGCCUGUCAUUAUCUCUGACACAGAAGCUUCACCAUCAACGAUUCCUGUCUCUGCACCAAGUUCCAAGGACUAUGUUAGCCGAAAGAAUGUCUUUUCUGAAAGCUCUUUGGAAAGGGCCCACGAUAGCGGGUCAGUUUACCCAAAUCCUCCAUCCAGCUCACCCUUUACCCGACCCGCUCAACCUGUCGACCCGGAUUCACAUCCAACACCACAGCACCAGAUACCAGUUACAGACGGAGUUGAACUUGGGCCUGGGUCUGAUCGAGCCAACAACACAGCUACAGAAAAAGGCAAAGGAAAAGCAACUGGGCUUAGUGAAUUUAAGUUAUUUAAUGUGAUUUUUUUACCUUUAACUCAAAAUUGUUAG